GAAGCAGAAGCGCGAGAAGAGAUGAGAAGGUUCGGGGUUGCCAUAGCGGUGGCGAAGAAGAUGGAGGUGGGGAAAAGGUAGCGACGGAGGGAAGGGAACCCGGAAGAGCAAAGGAUUUUGGCAGUAUGGCUUCUGUUGACAAAGAGACCCCAGGCAAUGUAGUAGGCCCAGUUCCACUUUAUCUUCUGACUUUCUUGGUACAGAGAAAACACAUCUGCCAAUGUUUCCCAGACUCUUGACAGUAGACAUCCACCAUGAAUUUUGAAAGCCUUGACCCAGCUCUUGCAGAGUAUGUGCCUGCCCUCCAUCCUGCCCUGGAUCCCCACCUCAACCCAAGCCUACUACAGAAUGUGGAGCUGGAUCCAGAGGGUGUGCCAUUGGAAGGCAUCCCUGUGCCAGACUCUGUGCACAUCAUGGAAGGCAUGUACUCGGAGCUCCACACUGUUGUCUCUGAAGUGGGUGUACCUGUCUCCUUCUCACACUUUGAUCUACACGAAGAGAUGCUCUGGAUUGGCAACCAUGGGGGUCAUGCUACCUCUUUCUUUGGUCCAGGACUGGAACGUUACUCCUCCUUCCAGGUGCACAGCAGUGAUGACAUUCGACAGAUCCAGAGCCUGGAGAAUGGGGUGCUCUUCCUGACCAAAAACAAUCUUAAAUAUAUGUCCAGAGGAGGACUCAUAAUCUUUGAUUACCUCAUGGAUGAGAGUGAAGACAUGCACAGUCUUCUGUUGACUGAUCCCAGCACCUUGCUUGUUGGGGGACUUACCAAUCAUGUGAUAGAGAUAGACCUCAACACAGUGCAAGAGACCCAGAAGUACACAGUGGAAGUGCCUGGAGUCACUAUCAUGAGACAGUCAAACCGUUUCUUCUUCUGUGGCCACACAUCAGGAAAGGUAUCUCUGCGUGACCUCCGGACAUUUGCUGUGGAGCAUGAGUUUGAUGCCUACUCAGGUAGUCUGUCAGAUUUUGAUGUCCAUGGCAACCUUCUGGUGACAUGUGGCUUUUCCAGCCGGAUGAAUGGCCUAGCCUGUGAUCGCUUCCUCAAGGUGUAUGACCUGCGCAUGCUGCGAGCCAUUACACCUCUGCAGGUUCACAUUGACCCCCUGUUUCUGAAGUUCAUUCCUACGUACACGUCUCGCUUGGCCAUUAUCUCCCAGACAGGUCAAUGCCAGUUCUGCGAACCCACUGGAUUGGCCAACCCUGCCGACAUCUUCCAUGUCAACACAGUGGGCCAGUUGAUCAUGAGCUUCGAUGUGUCAGCCAGCAAACAAGCCAUGGUCUUUGGAGACUCAGAGGGCUGUGUCCACCUGUGGGCUGACUCGCCUGAGAUCACUUUCAGUGCUUACUCCCGUGAGACUGACUUUGCCUUGCCUUGCAUUGUGGACACCUUACCCCACCUUGACUGGAACCAAGACCUUAUGCCUUUGUCGCUUAUCCCUGUGCCACUGACCACCGAGUCAUUGUUGUCAGACUGGCCAACUGCCAGCUCUGCCCCUGCACCCAGACGAGCUCCACCUGUUGACCCAGAGAUUCUGCGUACCAUGAAGAAAGUUGGCUUCAUCGGAUAUGCUCCAAACCCGAGGACCAAGCUUCGGAACCAGAUUCCCUAUCGACUGAAAGAGCUCGACAAUGAGUUUGACAGUUUUAACCAAGUUCCUGAAUCCCCCAUUGGACGGGAAGAGGAGCCUCAUAUCUACAUGGUGGCAAAGAAAUAUAGGAAGGUCACAAUUAAAUACUCCAAGCUGGGCCUGGAGGACUUUGACUUCAAACAUUACAAUAAGACUCUCUUUGCUGGUUUGGAGCCUCACAUUCCAAAUGCUUACUGCAACUGCAUGAUCCAGGUCCUGUAUUUCCUGGAGCCUGUCCGUUGCUUGGUUCAGAACCACUUGUGCCAGAAAGAGUUCUGCCUGAGCUGUGAGCUGGGGUUCUUAUUUCACAUGCUGGACUUGUCCAGGGGAGACCCUUGUCAGGGCAGUAACUUCCUGCGUGCCUUCCGCACCAUUCCAGAAGCAGCUGCCCUAGGAUUGAUCUUGGCUGAUUCCGAUGAGGCUACAGGGAAGGUGAACCUCGGCCGCCUGAUCCAGAGUUGGAACCGCUUCAUCCUGACUCAGCUCCAUCAGGAAACUCAAGAGCAAGAGGGCCCUCAGGCUUACCGAGGCAUUGGCAGCAGCAACUUUGGAUCUUCAGGGGACUCGGUCAUUGGGCAGCUCUUCAGCUGUGAAGUGGAGAAUUGCAGCAUGUGUCGCUGUGGCAAAGAGACCGUCCGAGUAUCUUCCACACUUCUCUUUACUCUCUCCUACCCGGAGAGCAAUGAUAAAAUCAAGGAUUAUGAAUUUGCCCAGAUCUUAAAGAGAAGCAUCUGCCUGGAACAGAACACCCAGGCCUGGUGUGAGAACUGUGAGAAAUACCAGCCCACGGUCCAGACCCGCAAUAUCCGCUGCCUGCCUGAUGUUUUGGUUAUUAACUGUGAAGUGAACAGCUCCAAGGAGGCAGAAUUCUGGAAGAUGCAAGCAGAGUAUGCCUUUAAAAAGAUGAUGAUGAAGAAGGGUGGCCUGGAACUCACAAAGAACAGAGAAAUCCCUCUUGGGGAAUGGAAUGAACUAGGAAUGGCAGAGGGAGGCCAUUCUUACACCUCUGUCGAAGAGCUGAAGAACAUCUGGAUUCCUUAUUCCAUCAAGAUGAAGCUGUCCAAGAACAAGGAGCUGGAGGUGUACAACUGGGAUGAAAGCACUGAAGUAAAACCUCUCUUGCUGCUGAGUGCACUGGAUGAUCAGGAGUCGACAUAUGUCUAUGAUCUUAUGGCAACUGUUGUGCACAUUUUGGACUCCCGUACUGGAGGCAGCUUGGUGGGCCACAUCAAAGUGGGAGAGACCUAUCACCAAAGAAAAGAGGGAGUCACACACCAGCAAUGGUAUCUUUUCAAUGACUUUCUCAUUGAACCUGUGGAUAAGUGUGAGGCCGUGCAGUUCGACAUGAGCUGGAAAGUGCCUGCGAUCCUUUAUUAUGUGCGGAGGAAUCUCCACACCAAGUACAACUUAACCAUUAAGAACCCGAUUGAAGCCAACGUACUGCUUGCUGAGGCCUCCCUUGCUCGCAAACAACGCAAAUGUCAUGCCACCUUCAUCCCGCUGAUGCUGAAUGAGAUGCCACAGGCCGGGGAACUAGUGGGGCUGGAUGCCGAGUUUGUCACCCUCAAUGAGGAGGAGGCCGAGCUUCGCAGUGAUGGAACCAAGUCCACCAUCAAGCCCAGCCAAAUGUCAGUGGCCAGGAUCACAUGUGUAAGGGGACAAGGUCCCAAUGAGGGUGUUCCCUUCAUCGAUGACUACAUCUCCACACAAGAACAGGUGGUGGAUUACCUUACGCAGUACUCGGGAAUAAAGCCAGGGGAUCUGGAUGCUAAAAUUUCCUCUAAACACCUUACCACCCUCAAGUCUACCUAUCUGAAACUGCGCUUCCUUAUUGAUGUUGGGGUCAAGUUUGUGGGCCACGGACUGCAAAAAGACUUCCGGGUCAUCAACAUCAUGGUGCCCAAGGACCAAGUCAUUGACACUGUCUACUUGUUCCACAUGCCCAGGAAGAGGAUGAUCUCCCUGCGCUUCCUUGCCUGGUACUUUCUUGAUCUGAAGAUCCAAGGAGAGACUCACGACAGCAUUGAAGAUGCGCGCACAGCCCUCCAGCUGUACAGGAAGUACAUGGAGCUGAGCCAUGGUGGCUUGGAACCUGAGGAGUUCCGCAAGGUGCUGAAGGGCCUCUACGAGAAAGGAAGAAAGAUAGACUGGAAAGUGCCCGAAUCUGAUGGUCAGAGCAGCCCCAAGAGUGCUGCUGUGUUCUCUGCUGUGCUCUCUCUCUAACUCAAAGGACCUUACUGCAUCCUAUGUCUCUUCUGUGCAUUCUUCAAGGAGGACUAUCCAAAACAUGACCCCUUAGAUGUGGACAUUCUAGAACAUGGAGUAUAGUGAGAAGAGAGAAGGGAAGAGGUGGCCAUUUGUAUGCUUCACAUGUUUCUCAAAGGGCAAGAAAUUUCUGCUGGGAUCACUCUGUCCCCAGUUUAGCAACAAACCCCGUGGAAUUCAGACCAAAGUUUAAAUAACUAGGGGAGAAAGUGCUUGUGGCUAGCCACAUGGUGCAAAGUUACUUUGAAAGAGCUGUGGUCUGGGUUUGGAUGCUGAACAGGUGCACUGAACAAGAGAAGGAAUGCACAUCAGAUCCUGCACUGCACUCAGUGACUGUGCUUUUCUCGCAUAUAUUUAUAUAAAAGAAGCCUCGGGCAGUUUUACGAGUUGCUCAGACACCCUGUCUUGUCUAUCAGUGUUACCUGAAUUGAAUCAGUUUUGCUUCCAGAAGCUGGCACCUGCUUGUCCUCAGGCUAGGAAUUGCUCCUGAAACAACCUACAGCUGAACUCUACCUCCAUUGAAGCCUUGUGUUUUUAACGCUUUCUGUCUGUGAGUGGUAGUCAGGAGGGUAUCGGAAAUGUAAUCGUCAUAAAAACAUUGUCUGUGCUUCAGACACUACUUUGUAGUCCUGCCUCUUCCUUGCUUGCUCUCCUGUUUGCUUGAUUUACUUUUAAUCACAGUCAUCCUUAGUCCCCUGUGAGUAUAAACAGAAUGCCAUUCUCUCUCUCUCUCUCUCUCUCUCUCUCUCUCUCUCUCUCUCUCUCUCUCUCUCACACACACACACACACACACACACACACACACACACACACACGUUUGCUUAUAUUGAUAUUAUACCUUUCUCUUCACUACUUUUUGGAUUUUCAACACCCUUUUCGAUCUCCUUCCUUGUCCUUUGCAAAAAACAACAACAGCUGUCGUCUCCCUUCCCCCCUCCCCACCUCUCUCCUUUCUCCAUUGCUUUUGGAGCUAGCUGUUGCAGGCACAGAGUAUUGUGCUGAAGGAAAGAGUUUGGCUUCUGGGCGGCGCGCCUUAAGUGCAGUCCCUGCCUCUGUGCCUCUCCCGUUUGCAAAGCCACUCCUCCUGUUUGCAAAGGGAGACCCCCAACUGUGCUGCAGCCCUGGAGCAUUCCUCUGCAGCUCAGGCGGCCACAGAGUCAACUGCCAAGGAACAGGGAGGCGCUGCAUCGGUGACGGCAGCUCCUCAGCCGCCCCUCCUGAUUGCAAUAAGCGCUGAGCCGGGUUUCCCGCCUUCGGGCCAUGUAACUCGCGCUUCUGUGGCCAGCUGCACCACACGCUGCAACCCAAGGGUUUGCUGGACCAGCGCUUUCUGAGGCUUCCACUGGCCAAUGUACCUCCUACUUCUGAGGAGAUCCACCGCUUUGGGGAAUUGGUGCGCAACGUGGCCAGCAUGGCAUCUUCAGCCACCCCAUUGGUUUCUAAGAAGACCUCUGCACUUAAAAAGCCCGCCAUUUUGCCUGAGGGGAGCAGUAACGUAAAUCCCGGGCAUGUUACUUCUGGGCAGGUAAAAACUGUGACUAAGGGAGCUGGCCUACAGGGGGAGGCGGUAGAAGUUUCUAGUUCUAAGAAUCCUUCAGUGCCCAAAACUGUUCCUCCUGAGUGGCAGGCAUGGCUCCGCAAUGCUAUUGUGGACACAAUCCAACAAGUGAGACCUGCUAGGAGGUUUUAAAAAGUCUUUAAAAAGGAGGAGGCAUAGAUCCCCAAGCGAACGUUCCUCCUCUAGUGAGUCUGUUAGCCCGUCUCCUAGGAAAGCUAAAUCCAAGACCAAGCAUGUUGUGUCAAAAAAACCUCCAAAGCAUGAUUCCCACUCCUCUGAGGCUUCGGAUCAGGAUUCUGGGGACCUUAGAUCACCUUUGGGUUCAAAAAGCAUUUUGCAGGGUCCAGGUCAGCCUCCUACCCCUUCUGAUUCUGAGGAUAUAAGCAAAGGAGGUGGGGGGUUGUGAGUCAGAUCCAGAUGCCCCAAUAGAUAAAGAGGAAGGGGGAUGGUCUGGCGGGGAUGACACAGAAUCAGCCUCAGUCUCACAACAUUUAUUGGUUGCAGAGGACUUCAAUCCACUGAUGUCUAGAAUUAUUAAGACUAUUGGCUUAAAACUGGAUGCUGGGUAAACUACUGAAGGGUCUGCUAAAGGGGACCUUCUCUUUCCCAGGGCACGCCCAAGCAGGGGCGUAAAUAUAAUAGGGCAAGGGGAGACAGUUGUCUGGGGGCCCACUGCCUUGGGGGGGCCCCCCAGAGGCAAGUUACAUGAUUGACUCCCCCAGCUGUGCCCCCGCCCGGGCUUCCUUCAGUUGUAUUCAUCCUCCAAAACUGAUGUGAGUGUUAAGACCUGGAGCUACCAGAACAGCAUGUCUUUCUCUAGUACCAUUAAAUGACUUGCAUUGUCCACAACUGACAAAACCUUAUGCUUUUUGUUACCACUAUUUAGCCUCAUUUAAGAUUUCUUUACUUCAUGAGCUGAGCUUCAGUGAGGGGGGGAGCAUUUUAAAAUCUUGUCUCUGGGCCCGCUCCAACCUUGCUACGCCCCUGCGCCCAAGGGACAUGUUGCUGCCCAUGCCCAAGUUGUUUACAGAAGUGGUCCGUUGAGAAUGGCUAGCCCUUGCUUCCAGUCGAAAAGCAAUGGCAGUCUCUAACAAAUUUUACUCCUUUCAGCAGGAAACAGCAGAUAUGCUUAAGACUCCAAGUGCGGAUGCCCCGAUUUCGCAAUUGGUAUCGCGGGCCCUGGUCCCUCAUGAGGACGAAGUAACUUUAGCAAUAGCAAUAGCACUUACAUUUAUAUACCGCUCUAUAGCCGGAGCUCUCUAAGCGGUUUACAAUGAUUUUAGCAUAUUGCCCCCAACAUUCUGGGUACUCAUUUUACCGACCUCGGAAGGAUGGAAGGCUGAGUCAACCUUGAGCCCCUGGUCAGGAUCGAACUUGUAACCUUCUGGUUACAGGGCGGCAGUUUUACCACUGCGCCACCAGAGGCUCAUUUACGCGAUUUUGCAGACAAAAAGGCUGAUCUUUCACUAAGACGCGUUCACAACUUGUCCCUGGUGGUCCGGGCAGCGUCAACUGCCUUCAUGGCAGUGCGUGCAUCCCUUUUGUGGGUGGACAAUCUUUUGAGUGACCCACCAUCUGAUCCUAACAGGAUGUGUCAACAGUUGCUAAAAAUCCAAAAGGCACAGGCCUUCAUGACAGGUGCCACCCUUGAUGCCAUAAGGUUUUCUGCAUGCGUGGCGGCCUCCGUGGUAGUAGGGAGGCACCACUUAUGGCUGAAGAAUUGGUCUGUGGAUACAGCCUCCAAGCUCAAUCUUUCUUCAGUUUUGUAUGAUGCCAGAAAAAAGUUAUUCGGUGAUGCUGCGCUGCUGGUGGAAUCCACUGACAAGAGAAGGACGAUGCCAUUGGCCAAUAAAACAGGAAAAGUAACCAUACAAAAAAAAUUCAGUUUAAUCGGUCCUUUCGAGGCUUCCGGCCCUUCCGGGGCCAGGAUAGAGAUGCUCACUAUCAAAGGGGAUCCUGGAAUCGCCAAUGGACUCCUUACAGAGGGUUUGGAAGCUACAAACAGCCAGCCAACCAGCCCAAACAACAAAAGUCCCAGCAAUGAUCUGAAGCCCAUCAGGCUUGGAGGGCGUUUGUUGCAGUUCACCCAGGUCUGGGUAGAUUCAGGCAAAGACAUUUGGGUUCUCAAGGUUAUUCAACAGGGCUACAGAAUAGAGUUCAAUUCCUCCCCGCCCUCCUGCUUCCUUCCAACUCCAAGAUCACAAGCAGUGGCAAAGCAUUCGGGAAUGAUCUGGGCAAUUCAGCAUCUCCUGGACAUUGGAGCAAUAGAGCAAGUGCCACCAUCCCAGGAGGGAGAGGGGGUGUACUCAAUUUUGUUUACCAUGCCAAAAAAGGACGGCUCAAGGAGGACGGUACUUGACCUAAAGUUCCUCAACUAACAUGUGAGAAGAAGGCAUUUCCGCAUGGAAACUCUCAGAUCAGUUUCUGAGGCCUUGUGUCACCUAGACCUCCUAACCUCCAUAGACUUGAAGGAGGCUUACCUCCAUGUUCCUAUCCAUCCGGACAGCAGGCGGUACCUUUGAUUCAAAUAUGCCAGCCGGCAUUUCUAGUGCUUAAUGUUGGGCACAUGUACCCCAACCUUAGACUCAGAGGUACCAACUCAGAAGCAUGUGGAACUGAGGCCUGUGUCUGAUUUCAUUUUAUAUUAAGAAAUGAAUUAACCCUGAACUCAGGGUGAACUGACACCCAGACCUCAUGAGGAAGAGGUCCAGCAUUGUAUUGUGAAAUGGGUACUCAAGGAAGCACAAAAGCCAGGCCAGAACAAUCCAAAUGCUAAAAUGUGACUCACUAUCAGAUAAUGUCUGUGGAAGAAGCCAGAGACUGAUCUCCCCUUUCCUGUUGCAAGAAGUCCAUGUUAAUCUCUGUCAAUGAUUGCUCUGCUAUACUCAAUUGCUCUCUAUAGAAAUUCAACAUAGGUAAAUGCACACAAAGAAAACACCUAUAGACUUUAAUUCUUACUUCACUAACACCUUUACACCUUUUGGGAUCAGGCUAGCAAAUCUGGGACAAGAGAAGAUGCCCAUCUGCAGCUCAGAGAUGCAGAUUUGCCUCGAGCGAUGUCCCCUCCUCAAGAUAGCAGCUAACAGAAGAUGAGAUUAAGAUCUCUCUGGACUGGCCAAUAUCCUGAAUAAUUAAAAGACAUUAUCCAGAAGGAAACAGCAUUGUCACCCUUUUGGGGACCCAGGAAAGAUGAGGAGAUUUGAAUAGACUCUAUGAGAGAUCAAAGGAAAAUACAACUAUAAAGAAUGAGGCUUACUGGACAGAGAACUAGCAAUCUUGUGCCUACAAGCAACAGCUGCUCAUGAGCAAUCCCAGAGUUUGCUGCUAAGCCGCGGGGCAACAAGCAGGAACUCUGUCCAUGGACAGGAGCUGUCUGUGACUUCCACUGCGCAGUGAGAAGUCUAGACUUCCCCAGCCAUGGGACCUUCACUCUCUGCCUCACUCUGAGCAAACUGUCGACCACCAGAAGCCAGACCACCACCCCCAAGUUACUGUUCCUAGCCAAAGCCUCUUGCAGUGAGAAGUCUAGACUUCCCCAGCCAUGGGACCUUCACUCUCUGCCUCACUCUGAGCAAACUGUCUGCUUGACCACCAGAAGCCAGACCACCACCCCCAAGUUACUGUUCCCAGCCAAAGCCUCUCUCCUUCAGCUGAAAGAUCCACUGUUCUCAAGCCUCUGAUCUGGGUAAUAUGCCACCCCACAAGCCUUGGAUCCCUCCAUCCUUUCCCCUCCUUCUCCGCCCCCCCCUUCCCUCUACUAAUUCCUGAUCUCCCCAAACCAUGCCAGCCCUCAGCUUUCCUUACCCCUGCCCUUUUCCAUCUAUAUCUGAAUUCUAUUAGGCUCUAGGAAGAUUUAACACACACACAUAUGUUAGUUAGGAACACUGGGUGAAUAUUGGUGCUGGCUAGGGUUGAAAUACUGUUAGUAAUACUGAUAGAAUGUUCUGCUUUCUGCUCAGUUAGACUGAUGUUGUUAUUCUUUUAUACUCAAUAAAGCCCAUUGAAUCAUU